UGUUGGGACGCGGCAGAACCUAAGUUGACUUGCCAUCCACUAGUAGCCACGAAAAUACAUUUGCACGGAAAACAAAUUCCCAUUAAUUAAGUUUGUGAUCCAAACUGAUCGUUACAAACUUAUUACAAUUGCGGAAGCUCACACCGACACCUCUCUCUCUCUCUCUCCCUCCCUCUCUCUCACUUGGGGUUAUCUGCAUUCAAAGCCUGAGUUCUGGGUUUUCACAUCUUGGAAUUAAGUUUAGGGGAUAUCCAUAAGCUCCUGCAGCCAUGAGUUUUGUUUUUCGUGGGGUCAGAUCUGACAUUGAAAGUGGAUUUCCAGGAUUUAUUCCUGAACGACGGGCUUUGCGUCUUCAUGCAGCACGACCAAUUAAUGCCAACUCACUAGCUUUUCUUGUUACAGUGCUUCUGAUGUUUACCAUAUUAAAUUCUCACCAGAUGUCCCCAAAUUUUCUGCUCUGGAUUGUUCUUGGUAUUUUUCUGAUGGCGACAAGCUUUAGGAUGUUCGCAACUUGCCAACAACUCCAAGCUCAGGCCCAAGCUCAUGCUGCAGCAGCCAGUGGCUUGCUUGGUCACACUGAGUUCCGUUUGCAGAUGCCACCAUCCAUAGCACUUGCAACAAGAGGGAGGUUACAAGGUUUAAGGCUCCAGCUUGCACUUCUUGACCGAGAAUUUGAUGACCUUGAUUAUGAAACUUUGAGAUCACUGGAUACCGAGAAUAAUUCCUCAUCUCCUUCAAUGAGUGAAGAAGAGAUUAAUGCCUUACCUGUUCACAAAUAUAAGGCCAGUAGUCCACAGAGUGAUGGGUCAUCGCUGCCACAGGCCUCGUCGUCAUCAGCUUCAGCAGAGACAAAACCAGAGUUGAAAAAGGCAGAUUCAAUUAAGAAGGCUUUGGAAGACGAAUUAACAUGCACAAUAUGCCUGGAGCAAGUUAACAGGGGCGAGCUUGUUCGAAGCUUGCCAUGUUUGCAUCAGUUCCACGCCAACUGCAUCGAUCCAUGGCUACGACAGCAAGGCACUUGUCCAGUAUGUAAACUUGAGGUGGGGUCUGGGUGGCCGGAAAGCAGGGAUAGCGAUACGGAUGGCGAUGACAUGGUUUAGGGGCAUGUACCCUCUUCAUGCUUACGCAAUAAAGCCAGUCUAUCCUACUCAAAUCACAUGGCCAAACUGAUUAUAUCUCAUUGUUAUCUGCGUAUGUACAUAUAGUGGCUUGAAUCACGGUAAAGUUUGUGGACGAGAAUGCUCAAAUUCUAUCCUCAGACGCCAAUAUGGCCGAUUGAAUGCGCGUUGUAUAUCUGUUUUUUUGCAAAUCUUGUGCAACUGGAGUCGUACGCGUGUCCCCUGAUCUUUUUCUAUGAAAUUGAUGUUGGUGGUUGGGGUCUA